AAUUUCCAUGGUUAUUAUUGUCAUUGUUUUAUAUGUUUUUUUUUUUAUAUAGAUUAAACUGUUUAGGAAAAACAUGACGUCGCACGUUAAAAAUUAUGAAAUACGCCGCUGCAGCCGUCCAGUUAUACUGUAUCGAGCGGUCGUGUUGGUCAUCGUGUUGCAGCCGAUCAUAGCUGAUACCGGAAGUUCUGACGUGUACGGCACCACCCUGUACAAGCUCACGGACGACCGGAAGAUGUGGACGUUCGACGAGCGGAUCAAACUCCAGUGCCGAAUGACCGUCGGGUCGUUGGUUCCCGGAGCGAACUUUAGUGACAGCACCGGUGAAAUUUUCCUCGUAUACUUCGAACUGAUCAAAAUCGAGGCCAAGAAAAUCGUGUCGUCUUCGGUCAGGAAGAGCGCGAUGAUCAUCGUCGUGGACGUCUUAGGAGGAUACUUACACGCCAAUCUGCUGCCACGCGUUAAAGAACAGUACUACGAGGGUCGGGCCAAGUAUUCGACAGUUAAAAAGUUACACGAACUCGAAAAAAAUAUCAAACACAUUUUGGGCACGGACGGCCGAGGUUGGGCCAGACCAACACUGAGCGGCCACCGGUCGGAAGAGGACGUGGCGCCGACUGUGCGACGCGCAGGCUGGCCAAGGUCGACAGUUAGGCCCAGGGACGACGACAAGUCGGCUGGCCAUUGCCGCGGCGUGAACGCCAGCCAGUACGGUUUGCUGCGGCGGUGGCGGCCGACGAAGAAGGCGGCGGCAGGCGCCGCGGACGCGGACGACGUCUACACUGACGCCGUACCGUUUUUCGACAACGACACGCUACCGCAUUCGCUGGUGGUUCCGUGGCGUUCCGGGCGGCCGGUGCUGUACAGCGUCUGGGACGCUGGUUGUCACCAGACACUGUUCGAUUACCUCGUGACGGCCACGGCGGCCGGCGCGCGCGUCCGCCGGACCGCCCUGCGCCAAUGGCUGGACGAGGUGGUGUUGCCACUGGUAAAGGCCCCGGCCACGGACCGAUGGUAUCCGGCCCUGUGGGGCGUUACGCUCGUGGCCAGGCGUCUAGCCGAAGCGGACCGCGUCGGCCCGGGCGUUAGUCGCGACAACCGACAGUUGGACUGCGACUGGACGACCGCGGACGCGCCCAACGUCAAUUUUUAUGCGUUCAUCGUGCUGCUGUCCACGGGUGUCUGCUGGUCGGCCGCAGCCCUGUACAUCGCUAUCGGCGGUCACUCUUUCGGUUUUCGCCGCGGCCCAUAAACACCGCGCGACGGUCGAAUCGUUUAUUCCGUUAUUUUUCUCGUGAAGAGGCAUUUCGUUUAUUCAUUUGUUUUUGUUUUUCACGCCGUAGGG